UGACGUCAGAGGAAUUACGUUCGUUAUUGUGUCUUGGUGUCUAGAGGUGAUGAACGCAGUAUGAAAGAAAUUGGCUGGUUAACAUCAUUUUUGCUGCUGCUGUUCCUGUGUUCAGGCCCAGGAGUAGUAGUAGCUGCAUGGGGACAAAACAGUGACAGUGUCCACCUGAAGGAUGUGGAAGUACUGACCUUGUAUGCAGGAAAAAUGACAAAUGGCCGACGUUCUUCGCCAGUCCCACAGCUGGAGUGUGUUAAAGGCGGAACAGCUCCAUGUGAUGCUUUUAAUCCUCGUGUUGUCCAGUGUUAUAACCGAGGUUUUGAUGGUGUGGAUGUACAAUGGGAAUGCAAGACUGAUAUGGAUAAUGCUUUCAGGUUUGGUAAUAUUGAAGUAUCCUGUGAAGGCUACAGCAACAGAGAUGAUCCUUAUGUCUUGAAAGGAUCCUGCGGAUUGAGAUACUCCCUUGAUUACACCAAAGAGGGUCUUAAUAACCAAGGAAACAAGCAUAACUAUUAUCCAGACCAGAAUCAGUACAGUGGCAGCAGUUAUGGUUGGUCUUAUCAGAACCAGGGAAAGGAAAAACUCUCAAGUGCAAGUUACUUAGCGGACUUGAUUGUAUAUGUAGCCAUUGGACUUAUGUGUUAUGCAUUUUACAAGACAUGCAUUGGAUCCAACCGUCAACAAGGACAAGAUGCCUACAGCACAACAAAUGAUGAUUAUCCUGCAGGAGGUGGAGGUGGAGGAUAUGGUUGGUUUGGUGGAAACACCCACCCCACAGCUCCACCUCCUCCUGCUGGCUUUCACCCAGGGUACACAGAUGAUGCCUCGUGUCAUAGGAACCGAACAGCUCGUGGAGGUAACGGUGGAGGCUUUUGGACAGGUGCUCUUACAGGUGGAUUACUUGGCUAUAUGUUUGGUAAUCGGGGCGGUCAACAGAAUCAAGGGUACAGGAGACAUUAUGGAGGGGGAGGAUGGGGUGGUGGUGGAAGUGGCUUUUCUGGGGGAAGUGGUUUUUCUGGUGGGUUUGGGGGUGGUGGCUCCACUGGCACCCGAACAGCCUCAGGCUUUGGUGGAACAAGCCGUAGGUAGAUAUUGCCUUUUGUGUUCAUGUGACAUAUUUUGUUUUUCAUGUUUAUAUCGGGUAGACUUUGAAUAUUAUAUUGCCCCUCAGAUUUAAUUAGAUCAAAAAUAUGUUGGAUCUUUUAAUGUAGUUAUCAGAUUUUUAUGUUUGUGUUCAUGCUAUUGUAAUACUUGACAUUUUUAUACAAGUAAUGCACAUGUGUGCAUGGUGUAUAAAUAUAUACAAAGCAAUUAGUAAUACUAUUUAACAUGUUUUGUAGUCUUGAAUGACCAAAAAAAUUUAACUAAUGGAAGUUGUAUUUGGAUCUCAGGUUGCAUGAAUGUGAUAUUUAUUUUCUUUACUUCUUUAAUAGUUUAACUAAGGAAAUUUUUUUUUUGAGUAUUGUGAAAGAAACUUAGGCAAGGUAUCUCCACUUUUCUCAAAGUAGGCCAAGUGAAAAAGGAAAAAUGUUGAGAUUCCUGUGCCUCCAUCUGACCUUUAAAAAAAAAAAA